CGGCAAGAUGAACAUCAUUCAAGGUUGUGUUCUGGUUUUCCUGGGCCUGGUACUCUCCAACGUCGAAGCCCAAGUUCCCACUCGAGUACCGUCUGCAAGGGACAUCGCUUGUGGUGAACGCCGAUACUACAAUGAACUUCGCAGGACCUGCCUACCUUAUUAGAAUAUAUUCUUUGAAUGUUGGCCAAAUUCCUACUUGAUCGCUAGAAAGUACUGGUGAAUAAAUUACGAAAACAAACUA